AUGACUCAAAACAACUCCAAACAGUCCGAACUCCCGGUGAAAAAGAACGCCUUUGUGCACAAACUUUACGAUAUGCUCAGCAACAAGCUGAUUGCCCAUUUGAUCUGGUGGGCCGACACGCCGGAAGCCAACACCUUCUUACUUUGCCCGAAUAAGGAGUUUGCCGAGGCUUUGAGUAGUUAUUUCAAACACGAAAACGUCGCCAGUUUUGUGCGCCAGUUGCACAUGUACGGCUUUCACAAGGUUAGUGAUCCUACCCCGGGCGCCGAUAAAGGCUCCGCCAUAUGGGAGUUCCGCCAUUCCUCAGGCCGCUUUCGCAAAAACGACGAAGGCUCCCUUGUUUUCAUCAAGAGACGCCUGCAGCUGAGCUCGCUGUCGCAAGCCGAACCGCCAGUUCCGAACAAUGCCACCAGCCAUCCGAAUGGUCAUCCCCAUUACGAAGUGAAUCACUUGCCUCCAAAUGCACAUGGACAAUACCUUUAUAACCCAAACGGGUACCAACAAUACGCUGUACAAUAUUACCCUAUGGGCGCAGAGGCCCAGUUUGGUAGACCAAUGCUGAUCCACCCACAACUGAACCCUGCUAUCUAUCCUGGCCAGCCUGGCUCUAUGGCCAGACAGCUACCUUCUUCACCCUACCCAGGUUAUGCAUUUUAUCCUCCACCUGGCAUGGUGCAGUUUCCUGUGCCGUCAGCCACGGGACACCAGCUCUUGCCUCAUCAACUGCCGCAAGGCCAGCAACCGGGUUUUUCCUCUGGCCCGACAAAUGUUGGACCCCCACUGCAGAUCAUGUUGCCUGGCGCGUCUUUGUAUCAACAACAUUACGCCAACCAAGGCGCCAUGACUGCAAACCAUGUAUUUGCACAACACCAACCAUCACCGCCACAGGAGCAGCAGCAGCAGCAGCAGCAACAGCAGCUCCAUCAACAACAACUCCAUCAACAGCAACUCCAGCAACAGCAACUCCAGCAGCGCAGUCGUGAUCCUCCCCCGAUUUUGGCACCCAUUGGCAAUGGCAAUAGUAUUAAGACCGUCUCUGGUGCUGCAGAGCAGAGCCCGACAACAACGAAUUUGGAUGCUGCUGCGUCCGAUAGUGCUUGUCCUGUAAAAUAUGAAAGUCCAAGUGCAAAUCCUCCAUCACUUGCGAGACCGCUUGUAAGAGAUCAAUCGCAGUCCGAUUCUCUAUCACAAGCGUCUUUAUUGUCUGUUUCGAGCCGCCAGAGUUUGGAUCAGGAUAACUCUUCCACACAAUCGUACGAGGAUAGAGCGCAAAUGAAUCGGGAACAAAACAGAAUGCCGUCAUUGACGUCAAGACCAAGUUCUAAUGGAAAACAAACCGAACUGCUGCUGGAAUCGGCUACUCCUAUCAGUUAUAUGCUUAAUCCUCCUCGUGACGUGAAGACCGGAGAAAGUUUCAGCACGAGACCACUUGACCCCCGUCCAGCAAUGAUGAAGGACAGCUUGAAACUCGAGUCGCCCAAGAUGCUAAUGAAACAGGUUCCCUUACCUCCGAUCUCGGAAAACAUGUUUCAAAGAGCGCCAACAAUGUACUCAGCCCCACAGGCAGAUAUCAGCGUCAGCUCUGACACGCUGGCAUCACGAAUAAUUCACCCGUUUAAUUCUUCAGAACCAAGCUCUUCUAUUUCGAUGCUGUUUCCAUCGGAUGCCCAGAUCCCCAGACUGCCCGGACAUAAGCAUGAUUCCACAGGAGUAAAUACUUCUGCCAUUGUUCCCACGACUUCCCUGACUUCGCUGCCCCUCGUAUCGCAACCUCACAUUCCAACACCAAGGAUGUUUCAGGGCAAAGGGGUAGCCGUUCAGCUACUCAAUGAUGACCAACCUCCAGAAAGCGGAGCCGCUGACUUGCAGACCUCGCAGGGAGCAAACAACUCCUCUGAGAGUUUGAAAAAAACAAAAGAGGAGGAAAUCCAAGGUGUGUCCAAAAGCUCCGAUGAACACGCUAAAAGCGAAACAGCACGAGUCAGAGUUGCCAAGGUCGAGCAUCUUCUCGAUGAUGAUGAUUCUGAGUACCGCAAGAAACAACGGUGCGACGACAAGAAUGCUGAUUGA